AUAGUCGAAACCAAGAACAAUUUAAACAAAGAAACGAUGUCAAGCAGCACAGUCGUUCAAAAUUUUUAUGAAGGCGCGAACAUAUUCAUAACAGGCGGAACGGGCUUCAUGGGAAAAGUCCUAAUUGACAAACUUCUGCGAACUUGUCCGGGUAUUGAAAACAUUUAUCUUUUGAUACGAAAGAAAAAGGGGAAAGAUAUUCACACGAGGAUUGAAGAACUGUUUGAUGAUCCAUUGUUUGAGAAACUUCGCGAAUCAGUACCGAAAUUCCGCCACAAGAUUGUAACUGUCGCUGGUGAUUGUUCAAUUGCCGGCUUAGGCUUAUCGCUUACUGAUCGACAGACACUUGUGUCAACUAUCAGCAUUAUAUUCCAUGCCGCAGCAACCAUCAAGUUCGAUGAGAGUUUAAAGCUUGCAGUUGACAUCAAUGUUCAUGGGACGAAAGACGUUAUUCAGUUAGGAAAAGAGAUGAAAAACUUAAAAUCUUUUAUUCACGUAUCAACAGCAUACUCAAAUUGCCAUCUGAAUUCAGUCAAAGAGAAAUUUUACGAUUAUCCAAUCGGCUACGAUCACUUGGAGAACAUAAUUUCGAAGCUUGACGACAGGGCAAUUGAAGAGAUUACGCCGAAAAUUCUCUGUAAAUGGCCCAACACAUACACGCUAACGAAAGCUCUCGCAGAAGAUUUGGUAAGAAAUUACAGUGGAGAUUUGCCAAUCGGAGUUUUUCGGCCAGCUAUCGUAACAUCGACAUUCCAAGAGCCAGUUGUCGCAUGGAUAGACAAUCUUUAUGGCCCAACGGGUGUUGUAGCUGGCGCUGGUUCUGGAGUUUUAAGAACAAUGCAUUGCAAUAAGAACAUCAAUGCAAACAUCGUUCCAGUCGAUAUGACAGUUAACGCUCUUAUAGUGUCAGCUUAUGAUGUUGCGACAAAGAAAGGUCUACAAAAUGUGGAAACAAAUGAAAAGCCAUACGAGAUACCAAUCUACAACUACGUAUCUUCCGUUCAAAAUCCAUUGACAUGGGGUAAAUUUACAGACUUAAAUGUCAAGCAUGGAUUUAAAUAUCCAUUUUCAAGCGCUAUAUGGUACAUGUGCUUUUUCAUGCAUAAAUCUUUCUACAUGAACAAACUUUACACGAUAUUUUUGCAUAUCAUACCAGCACUUUUAAUCGACUUUAUUAUUCUUUGCUGCGCCAAGAAACCAAAAUUGUUGAAAACUUAUAAAAAGAUUCAUAAAUUUGCAAAUGUCAUAUCGUUCUUUUGCACCAAUGAAUGGACCUUUACAAACGACAAUGUUCAAUCACUCUGGCUCAAUCUAAGCAAUGAAGAUAAAAAGCUUUUUUACUUUGACAUGCAGUCACUUGAUUGGGAAGAAUACAUCAAAGAAUACAUGAAAGGCAUGCGAGUAUAUCUGUUUAAAGAUGAGUUGAGUAAUGCAGAGCAAGCAAGGAAAAAAUGGAGAAGGCUCUAUUGGAUGCAUCAAUUCGUCAAGCUCACGUUGUUAAGCGCGUUGAUUUAUCUGCUUUAUCUGCUUUAUAGAACAAUUAUUUGAGUCAGUCAAAGACAUUUUUGAUCAGCGUUUAAUCAGUUUAUGUGCAUAACAUUACUUGAAAUCGAAAAUUUUUUAAUUUUAUCAUGUGUAAAGAACGAAGAAGAAAAAGUUACAAAAAUUUUAAUUCAAGAUAACUUUCAUUUAAAGACAAAAGCAGAAAAAAAAGAAAUCAUAAUAAGUUUUAUUAAAACAAGAAUCAAGUUUAAUGUUUAAGCUUUGGGACAAUAUUGACAAUAAAAUUAUUAAAAAAAUUUCAUAAUAUUU